AUGAUCUUAACGAGGGUGCUAGUGAUUUUAGCACUUUGCCUGGCCGACACCAAUGCACUGACGGCAAAGCCUAGAGUGGAUAGCAGUCGACGAUCGUUCCUGGUGAUUUCGCCCAUUGUAAUUUUUGGUGCGAGUCUCCCAGCAAUUGCAAACGAUGUUGAGAACUUGAGCAUGUCUGCUGCUACUGAACAGUCAGAGGAGGAGAAGAUGACAGAGCGACUAAGAAGAAAGGCUGAACUUCAGAAGAAGGCAAGUAAACCUGCAUCAUUUGCUGAUAGCCUUGCAGCGGAGAAAAAGAAAAAAGACGAACUGAAAAAGUCGAAAGAAGAGAGGCGAAAUGCACUCUGUGAAGAGCUUGGACGUGGGUGCUAA